AGUUUAUUGACGUUGACCAUUGACAACAAUGUAAACAAAAGUCGGCAGCAUUUCAGUUUUUGAGUUCCUUCAGGCUUAUUUACUUGGACAAAAUAGAAAAUACACAUAAAAAUUGCAACAUUUGAAUAAGAAAAAGGUGCAUUACAUGUUUUUUAACCGUACAAAAUUAUGACAGGCGGAGAGUAAUAAAAUACGAAGAUAUUGUUGACCCUUGCAUCUGUCUGUUAUUUGUAUCUUUAUGGAGCAAACAUUUAGAUCUUGUGUGAAGAAAAAGGGGUUUUAAUCUCAUGUCAACUAAGAGUAAAGAGAGAAUGUCUCAUUCAGAUUCGACAGUUAAAAAAGACAAGGAUGAUGAUGAAUGUAUAAGGGUAAAAACAGUGAAAAGUUCAAAGUCACGAAAUGGAGAAGAGGAUGUUCAAGAAGAAAAUGGAGUUUUGUUUUGGGUAAAUAAGAGCGGAUUUCCAAUUGACAAUAAAACAUGGGAACGCAUGUGGGACCAUGUUGCUAAAAUUCACCCAGAUAGUUUUGACAUGGUACGGAAGGUUCGAAACAGCGGAGAUUUACCACAAGUUCCAUUUCAAGCACCACCAAUUAAUUUUCCAUCUUCAACACCAGUGUCAGAGAGAAUUGAAAAAGUACAGAAUUACAUGAGGAAUCUACAGUAUAAUCACACUGGAACUCAGUUUUAUGAAGUCAGAAAAAACAGACCAAUAUCUGGAUUAAUGGAUUUAGCCAGAGAAAUGAUUAAAGAAUCCUUACCAAUUAAAUGUUUGGAAGCCAUUAUUCUUGGAAUUUUUCUUACCAAUGGUAUGCUGGGAGUUGAGAGAUUUCCUAUCAGUUUCAAAAGUGUAUUUAAUGGAAAUGUUCACCGUCAUGUUGUUUUAGGAAUAUAUUACAGUGGUAGAUGGGGCACCAUAGGGAUGAGUCGACGUGAGGAACUUAUGUACAAACCACUAGUUUUCAAGAGUUUGGCAGAUUUGAUGUUUGAUUAUGAAAAGUCCUAUAACCUCUUUUAUCAUGAAGUAAAGAAGAUGAAAAUAGGACUACCAGCUCCACAUGAUCCUCAUAGUUAUGAAUUUAUCAACUGGAAGACCUUAACAUUAACUCCAGGUAAACAGAAUAAGAAGGAGAUGACUAAAGACUUAGAACACAUGGCUAAAGAAAUAAGACUCAAGGCAAAAUCCUACAGUACCCACCAGUGCCAGUCUCCAAGAAAAACCUAUUCUACUGCAGAAUUUCCAUAUCAUGAAAGCAAUACUCAGAGAAGUAUAAGGGAGGCAACCAAGGUCUAUAGGUCCCAAACUUCAAUCAAUGCAGAAUCUCUAAAGAAGUUUACCAGUACAAAUGAAUCAGCUGACUACCAGCUUAGGAUUUAACAUUGUAUGAAGAAAAAACAAUUGUAAAUGUUUUAAAAUCUUGCCAGGAUGUUGGAUUUUUAUGUUUAUUUUUAUCAAAAGAAGACUUUUUUGUCAAUUUUGUGCAUGUGAUAGGCUAACACUGUGAUAUUUUUUACACAUAAAGUUGUAU